AUGGGACAACAGAAUUUGAUCUACAGCUUCGUCGCUCGUGGGACGGUGAUUCUCGCCGAGUAUACUGAGUUUAAAGGGAACUUUACUUCCGUCGCUGCACAAUGCCUCCAGAAGCUUCCUUCUUCCAACAACAAGUUUACCUACAAUUGCGACGGUCACACCUUCAAUUACCUCGUCGAAAAUGGCUUCACGUAUUGUGUUGUUGCUGUUGAAUCUGCUGGGAGGCAGAUUACAAUGGCUUUCUUGGAGCGUGUUAAAGAAGAUUUCAACAAGAGAUACGGUGGUGGAAAGGCUACCACUGCCAAACCCAACAGUUUGAACAAAGAGUUUGGGUCUAAACUGAAGGGGCACAUGCAGUACUGUGUGGAUCAUCCUGAGGAGAUUAACAAACUUUCUAAGGUCAAGGCUCAAGUGACCGAGGUGAAGGGUGUUAUGAUGGAGAACAUUGAGAAGGUCCUUGACCGUGGUGAGAAAAUUGAACUUUUAGUAGACAAAACAGAGAACCUUCGUUCACAGGCACAAGACUUCAGAACACAAGGAACGAAAAUAAGAAGAAAGAUGUGGUGGGAGAACAUGAAGAUCAAGCUCAUAGUCCUAGGUAUCAUCAUUGCCUUGAUUUUGAUCAUUAUUCUCUCGGUUUGUCAUGGGUUCAAGUGUACCUAAAUCUUGAAACAAUAAGAAGAUAUUAUCCUAUGAGAGAUUAUCAGCACCAUAUUGCUCUACUAGGCUAAUGGAAACUCCUCACCGUGUACGCCCCUUCUUUUUCUUCCUAUUUUCCUGGUUUCUUUUUCUUUUCUUCUUUAAUUUUGUUAGGGGAAAGUUAUACGAUAACUCAGUACUGAGAGAUGAUCCUUUAGGGUAUGAAUGUUUGUUAAGAGAUGUACACUGUUGUGGUCGUGGUGAUGACAUGUUUUUUUUUUUUUGUAAUCUCAAAGUUCAAUGUUAGGUUUCCGAUGUUUCCCUACUAUAUCCUAAUUUUUUCCUCAAGGAAAAAAAUAAUAAUAUUAGAUUAGGACUUUGUGGUGAUGGUCCUUGCUUCAGCCAUUUUUCUCAUUAUAAACAAAAACACAGAGAUACAUAUGAAUAUGACUAUAUAAAAUUCACCACACUUAAAUGAUAGAAGAAGAAAUUAAACAAAA